CGACUGCUUUCUCCAAGCGUCAGGGUUGUAGCCAUGAGCACUGCACUGCAGUCCUCGGAUGACAGAGUCUCCUCGGUUCCCAUCGGGGUUAAUCGUCCCUUCUAUGCUAAAGUCCAGACCUCAGCUGUCCUGCCAGGGACUGUCCUCAAAUAAAGUGAGUGAUGAGACGUUGUAGUACGUAUACAUAUACUGUACAUUUCUACUCUAGCGAGUAUAUAUAAACCAUCCUUGGUAUUCCUCCAUACCCCGUCCUCAAAUCCAUUCCACCACCUCCUCCCAAGUUUAUCUCCCUUCCCUGUUUUCUGCUUUACCCUCUGGUCGGAUAUCCCCUUCCCUUUCCCUUCCCUUGCGAAAAUGGCCGAAUCCAAGUCCCCCCUUCCCAAAUCCCUCCAGGAAAGUCUAGACAACACCAAAGUCUCGUACGCCCAACUCGGUGCAUCGGGCCUCCGUGUGUCGGUACCCAUUCUGGGUGCCAUGUCAUUUGGCCACAAAGACUGGCAACCCUGGGUCCUCGACGACCCCGACCAAGUCGACGCGCUCCUCAAAGGCGCAUUCGACCGCGGCCUCAACACAUGGGACACCGCCAACGUCUACUCGAACGGCGUGUCCGAGAAACUGAUCGGACAAACCAUCAAAAAACACAACAUCCCGCGGCACAAACUUGUCCUACUUACAAAAUGCUUCGGUACCGUCGGCGAAGAACCCGGUAUUCUGCACAUCAAGUAUGGCGACGAAAUGCGCCGGAGCAAAGACUACGUCAACCAAGGCGGACUGAGUCGAGCUGCCAUUUUCAACGCUGUCGAAGCCAGUCUUGAACGUCUACAGACAAGUUAUAUCGAUCUUUUGCAGAUUCAUCGCUUUGAUCCGACUGUUCCGGUCGAAGAGACGAUGAAGGCGUUGCAUGAUUUGGUGCAGGCCGGGAAAGUGAGGUAUAUUGGCGCCAGCAGCAUGUGGACCUACCAAUUCAUCAAACUCCAACAGGCCGCCCAGUCCCACAACUGGACCCUCUUUGUGUCGAUGCAAAACCACUACUCGCUCUGUUACCGCGAGGAAGAGCGCGAAAUGAUCCCCUACUGCAAAGAGACAGGUGUGGGCCUUAUCCCCUGGGCGCCCCUCUAUCGAGGCCACUUGGCCCGCCCACUAACGUCACAUCAAACCACCGCUCGAGAAGAGAGUAUGAAAUCCAACCCGAUGUUCGGCGAAUUCAGCGGCGCAGACGUGAAAAUUAUUGAAAGAGUGCAGGAACUUGCGGAGAAAAAGGGCUGGAAAAUGAGCCAGGUCGCUCUCGCUUGGAUUAUUCAAAAGGGAACGAUUCCCAUUGUGGGCUUUAGUAAUCUGGAUAGAUUGGAUGAGGCUUGUGGAGUCAGAGGGAAGAGGUUGAGCGAUGAUGAGAUAAAGUGGUUGGAGGAACUGUAUCGGCCCAAGGCGAUUGUUGGACAUUCGUGAAUAGGAGGAGAAGGGAAAGGAGAGUGAGGUGUGGUGGUGGUGAUGCUCACUGAGAACCUCUCGGAUAAGAAAGGGUUGAGAAGACAUGGAUGAAGUGCAUGAGAUAGUAGUACCUGGUAGUAUUGUGAACAGAGGGAGAGAAUGGAAUGGACUGAACUAAACUGGAGGGACCCUCGGGACUGGAAUUACAUACCUAGGUACCGAGAUAACAAGUACCUUACGUUGUAACAUGUCCUUUAGGACGCCGACUGUGUGUUCCCAAUCUGAAGGCAUUUUAUUGCACGGCACGGCAUGGCAUAUGACUGAUAGACCGUCCGUCCUUGUGGAUACUAAAGAUGAUUACGAUAUACCUAGGUAUACUCUAGGUGUCUAACGCAUCACAGGGUACUGUAUCUACAAACAGUACAGCACUGUGCAGCGUCUAUUCUAUCCGUCCAUCAUAGCGUACGCUGAACAACACGAGGUCCGAGUCGUGAUGAUUGUUGUGAUGCCGAAGAAAAUCCAAACCCUCCUCUUCCAGAUCCAUCGGGUCCUCGAGGCUCGCGAAUAGGUUGCUGCGGCUGUUGCCGUUGCUGCGGCGGCGCCUGGGAUGCAUACAGGUCGGGAGAUUGAAUGAGAUUCGACAACCUUGAACUCGAGCUAAAAGUCGAAUUCGAAGACGAGAUUAUUCCUGGAUUUGAUCCCGUCAUCAUACCAUCAAAUGCAUUUUCGUAACGCUGUUGUGGCUGUUGCUGCUGCUGAUGUUGUUGGUCAUAUAUAACUCCCCAAUUUGAAUCCGGUCUAGGGGCAUAUGAUGGGUCGUAUAAUUCACGUUCACGUUCACGGUCGC